GCAGCACAAGGGACAAGGUAUCUCGAACGGACACGAUGAGCGAUCCUCAUCGCAAGGAGCGCAAGUGGAGCAGCAAGGCAAGUGCGCCGCCGUUGACAACAAUUCCAUCGGUGUCAGACCAGUUGAAGGCAGGUGCAACGAUGGCGGAGAACACUCCGGCCAUGGAAAAGCAGCUUCAGUACCUUCGUAAGCUCGAGGAGCGCAAUCGAAUCAAGAAAAAGCUCGACGAGCAGUCCAAGAACGACAAGGACGUCCUUGACAAGGAGAAAGAGGUGGGGUUCACUACCAACUUUAACGGCGAAAACGCGCAUCGCAAAAACAAACACGCAAGGCCGCCCGACAAGACACGAGCCAAGUCUGCCGGCCCCAUGAAAGUGCCGUCGCGAACUGCCCCUGUGGCCGCACCACCGUCGUACUUUAUAUCAGUGGACGAAAGAGCCGACAGCAAGCGUCGAUCGGGAUCACAGUCUGCUGGAAACCUCCCAUUGCAUGCACAGGACUCCAGGGCGACCAGCCGACCCAAGCAAAAGUGGGCCAAACCACAAGGUGUCGCGGAACAACGGGACGGAUGCAUUGUGUUUUCGCAGCAGCCAUCGUCCGCCUCCAAGAACGAAGACAACGAUGCCGAGCCCGAGGAUUUUGACGAUGAGUACUUGGACGAGUCCUUUGAAGAAUUUGAGGACAAGCAGGCGGGCGACCUCAGUUUGUGCAAGGAAACCAAACAGGACGGCAUAAAUGUCGAAGCGAACACUGUCGCAAGACCAUGUCGGGAUGCUGUGCAGCCCACUCCGUCAAUUCAUAUGGAAGCCGUGGUUCCAGCCGCGCCAGUUGCAUUCGUGGAGGAGUCAGCACCUUCGACGACCGCCGUCAACGUGCCUCUCGGUCAAACCACGGCCGAGUUGAAUGCGCUCAUCCAAGGGCUGAGUCGUGACAAACAGCGUGAGCUAGUUAAAGUGUUGACCACAUUCACCAACAGCACCAAACAAGCUUCCGAUGUCCAUGCUCUGCAGCAAUCGAUCGCCGACCCUGCGCUGUGGAGCCAGCUGACGGCACCAAUCGCUCAACUCACGUCCAACCAGCGAGCAUGGGAAGCCGAGAUGGCCCGAAAACUCGAGUUCGAACGGGAAGAAAGCGUGCGGCUGAUGGCUGAAGCCGAAGCAAGACGAGCCGAUCGACUCAGAAAACUCGAAGCCGAAGAAAGGGAAUUUGAGGCUCUCAUGAUGCAACGACGCCAAGACAUGCAGCGAAAGCUCAUGGAGGCGUCGAUGCCCCUCGCCGUGCCGUAUCCCAUCCCGCCACUUGAUGUUUUUGUUCCAUCGCCAGCGCAGACGACGUCGCUAGCCCCGUCGAGCCAAGCGACCGAAGGGCCGGCACAAGUCACCACUGUCGCUGCUAUAGCUGCAGCACGAACGACUGCAGCGACAAAGUGCGCUAUUCGUGAUCCACCCCAACAACACAUGCCUCCGCCCAACAUGGCUACACCGCGGCAAACAGUCAGCCCACCCAAGCCGCAGCAGCCAUCCAUUCCGCAAGUACCCCUGCCAUCUGAAGUGUACAUGUCCAUGGGGCUUCCCCCCGCAGCCCCUUCCGCGCCCAACCCGUCCAAGCAAAGCACGACAACGCUCUCGAAUCCCAAGUCGUGGAUCGAAGUCCGCAUUAAACUCUUGUCAUCCUGGGGCAAAACGCGCCUGGUGGGGUUGACGCAGAUUUGUGUGUACGACAUGGACGGCAACGAAGUGGACGUGCCGGUGGAAUCGCUGCGGCUGUUCAGCGGUCCAUCGGAUGGCCAGCCCAUUCCCAAGUCCAACAGCAUGGUCCGUGACUUGUGUCGGCUUUUCAACGGCAUGGCCAACACUUGCAACGACAAGGACAUGUGGCUCGGCCGUCAAAUCGACGCCCAUCCGUUGCAAAUUGUAUUUGGUGUGCCAGUGGUGCCAAGUAAACUGUGUGUUUGGAACUACAACAGUAAACUGCACGUCGGCGCAUGUGCCCAAGACGUUGAAGUGUUUGUCGACAACCAGUGCAAGUGGACCGGGUCGUUGCCGGAAACGUACGGCUCCGAGGACGAAAACGUGUGCGUAUGGAUCAGCGUUGCGUCGGCGAUGCGGAAGAAAGCGAAAGACGUGCCCAAGCCAUUGGCGAACGCCCCCGUCCAAGACAACGCGCCGCACCCCACGACUACGACUUCCGGCCCCAUUUGGCUGGCAUCGCCAUCUGCGUCGACAACCCAACUCGCCCAGAACAGCCUGAAGUUGGACAGUUCCUCGCUCACGUCUCCAGCAACUACGGCCGGACCAACCAAUCCGAACGAUGCCAAGAGCAUGAAGCCCCUUCCGCUUGACUUGCUCUCCUCCGAUGCACCGAUCAUGGCCGGGUCGACGAAAAACCAAACGAGCCGACGCCGCAACGUCGACACGACGAGCAUCAGCACCACGGACCUGAGUGCAGCGAGCGUCGCGAAGUCAUCGACCACGGCGCAGCUUGAAAUGCCAAGCCUGCAAUCGUCGUGGGACACGUUGGAGCACUUUAAACGAACAAAUCGCAGCCGCCUCGAACCAGCAGGCACAACCACGUCGCGGACGUCCCUCGGCAUGCAUGGGACUUCGAACGUGACAAUGCAGCCCACAACGUUCCUUUCAUCUUCGUCCUCCAUCCAGCCCGACAACGACGACGUGCGAGCAAGGAGUUCCAUCAAGAACUGUCCGUCCGACCUCCUUCGCGCGCCGACACUCCCGACACCAUCGCUUGCGAUUCCGAUCUUGCCCACGGGGCGAAAGCUCGUGUUGGAGUGCCUGUCCACUUGGGGAGAUCCUUACUAUAUUGGACUAAACGGCGUCGACAUUUUUGACGACCGCGGACAGCCCGUGGUCGUGUCGGCUCCGCAGGAGCAAGUUUCGGCCGUCCCUGCGAGCAUCAACGUCUUGCCCGAGUACGCCAGCUCCAACGAGCGCGACCCGCGGGUGGCCACGAAUCUGGUGGAUGGAGUGAACUACACGUGCGACGACUUGCACAUGUGGCUGGCUCCAUUUACUCCCCAUGACGUCCAUGCAGUCACCGUCGAGUUUCCUGCGGCCAUUACGAUCUCCAUGCUGCGGAUAUGGAACUACAACAAGUCUCGCGCCCACAGCUUUCGAGGCGUCCGGGUCGUUCGAGUAGUGCUGGACUCGCAGGUGAUCUUUCAAGGCGAGAUCCGACAAGCUCCCGGCAUUUUGGGCCCUGUCGACCAGUGCUGCGAAGUUAUUCUGUUCACGACGGACCAGAGUCUGCUCGCUUCUAUUGAGCAAAUCGAUGUGGACCCAACCAUGGACGACACGGCGGACGUGGUGCACGACAUCCACACAAUUCCACGGCCAACCACCGCCGAACAGCGCAACAACCAACGGCCCAAAACGUCGCACACGCCAAUCGUCGCGGCGCCAUCGGCAACCCUCGAUGAGGCCCCCCAGCCGUCCAUGGUUCCUGUGGCCUCUGCGAAGGAAACUGUCCUGCACACGUCUCGGUCGACGGCUUCGCCCGCACAAGGGUAUCGUGGCCGUGUGUUGAAGCUUAUCAUUCAGAGCACAUGGGGCGACCGACACUACGUCGGUCUCACUGGCAUAUCUCUGAGGGUUCUCCGUCCAGAAACGAAUGUGAUUGUCUCGAGUCCCCUGGCCUCCCAUCAGCUCCAGGCAACGCCCCGUGACUUGGAAUCGCUGGGAUACGUCGGCGACCCCAGAACACUGGACAAGCUCGUCGAUGGCAUCAACGUCACUUGCGAUGACACGCACAUGUGGCUCGUUCCGUUCGAAGGAGGCAAAGCGGAACUCAGCGUGCACUUGCCAACCGACUCUGUCCUAUUUGGGUUGGACGUGUGGAAUUACAACAAGAGCGCCGAAGACACGUUUCGCGGCGUCAAGACGGCACUCGUGGUCGUCGACAGCAUCUUGGUCGCGACGGUCGCGGUGCGGAAAGCCCCCGGCCAUGCGUUGUUCGACUUCAAGCAAACCAUUGUGCUGGACGAGUGGGCGCGGUACCCCGGCACUCGUCCCAGCCCAUCGCUACCAACGUACAAGACGCACCUUCUCAAACAGGACUACGAGCCACCGCUCCUCCCGACGGGAUUUCUUCUCAAGUUUGUCUUCUGGAGCACGUGGGGCGAUCCAUACUAUAUUGGCUUGAACGGCAUCGAGCUGUACGACAGCCGGGGCGACAAAUUGCCACCGCCGACGCUGGUGGCCGCGGCGCCGUCGGGACUCGCCGACGUUGACGUGCAGGACGACAUCCGCGUCGUGCAGAACCUGUUUCUCGGCGUCAACAAUACGUGGGAUGCGGCCAACGCAUGGCUUGCUCCGCUAGCAUCGUCGUUGGGCCGAAGCGAAGGUACGUCCUGUGGAGCUCUGCAGCAGGCGCUAACUUGGCACUUCUCCGUGUUUCAUAGGAAAUGUCGUGUUUGCAGGGUUCGACACGCCCGUGACGCUGUCGAUGGUCAAGGUGUACAAUUACAGCAAAACACCGGACCGCGGCGCGCGGGAGAUUGAAGUGUACUUGGACGAUCUCAAAGUGUACAUGGGAUCGCUGCGCCAAGCCCCGCCGCCGCCUGGGAUCACGCGACUCGGCAAGGUCCAGCAGGGAGUCGAAUUUGGACAACCCAUCUUGUUUACGCUCCACCCAGGUCAAGUUGAGACCGAGAAGCGAAAAGUAGUCUACUGCGGCAGCGAAGAUCAAGACGUGCUUUGCAUCAACGAAGGUCAAGUCAUCGUGGAAUCCAAAGCGAUGUAUCGGUCGCCCGAUCCAGGAGCUGAAGGCGUCGUUGUCGAUUUGGACAAACGGCCGACCACAGCCAUGUGCCGAACGUAGUCUCAAACGAACAGAGCGAUCACGCAGCUUGCAAACUCUGUUUCGUGCAUACGGGUGCCGCAACGGUCUGUGGGACAGUGGGGACACAGGGAAAUCUAUCGCAGUGACGUACACAGCCGACACCUUCAAACGUGUGCUCAAUUGCAGCCUUAGCCAGUUGAAUCACCGUACUUGGCAGCUGUGCCUUUUCUCUCUUAUCGCUCCGCGGGUUGUCAUGGCUCUGCUUGUCCGUGUUGGUGGCGCCAAC